AGCCAGCAGCAAGCUUGCUUUUGGGCAGCCAUUACAGUGCCCUGCGUGCCAGUUCGCGCCUGUUCCGAGUGGUUCGGAGCCUCCCGAGCCCCAGGCAGCAACGCUGCGGCCCGGGGCUGCCGCGCACAGCACCUGAGCACCAUGCUCAAAACAAUGAAUUGCAACAGAGGCAACCCCGACGUGACGGGCUUCGUCCUCAAUCAAGUCGGGCGCGGCGUUUUAUUUAAUGCUGCUUUAUUUCUCCUGGGCACGUAUCUAUAUUUAGCGAACAAAGCCGCGGGCUGCCCGAACGCCGUAUGUAUCGAUGAAGAGGACAAUAAUAGAGACCCGACACCAGUACCAACCCCCUCACAAAACUGCGGCAAGGUCUGGGGCGCGCGGCCCGCGGCCUUGGUGUCGUUCGGCCUCACCAUUGGGCAAGUGACGAUCGCCUGCCUGAUGCCCGUCGUCGGGAGCGUCGUGGACCAUUCGCAUCAUAGGAAAAGUAUUGGUAUGGCUGGUUUGUUCGGUGCUUGGUUGGUUUGCGGCUUGCAGGCCGCCGUGACGAGGCACACGUGGCAGGUUUUACUGAUACUAUACUUUACAAUAUACAUGCUAGGCUACAUGGCGAACCAGACCUGCGCCAUGGCCUACUUACCGGAAUUGACGGAAGAUGAUGAUAUACUAGCAUCAAUCAACGGGCGCGCGCGCGUCAAGGAGAUGUCCUGCAUGUUAUUGUAUAUGAUCGUCGUGGCCGCUUCGCAACUUGUCCUGAAAUUGGACGCCGUCGACACGGGGCGAGUGGCUGCCCUUGUAUCAGCGGUAGUAGGUGGCGUCAUCACAUUGAUGAGCUGGCGGUACUUCACCGAGAGACCAGCAAGUCGCGUCUUACCCGAAAACGCAAACUUGUUGUUAUAUGGCUUCGUCAAUAUACGAGAAACCACCAAAGAACUCUACGAGGAGGCCCCGGACUUACUGAAGUUCCUCGUGUCCUACGCGUUCUCCGAGGCGGGCACGGGAGGUGUCGUCGGCCUGGUGGCUAUUUAUCUCAUAGAGCAGCUCGAGAUGUGCAACUAUGUUGUAGUAUUAGUGUGUGCGAUUGUCUUCACGGUGCCUGGCGCGGCUCUGUCGUCGAAAGCGGCGCAAGGGGGACGGGCGAAACGAGCGCACGCUGGUUGUUUAGCAUUCUUAUCGCUGGUGAUCUUCUGCGUUCCAUUCGUAAUCUACAAGCCGGCGCACGCCAAAGGUGGAUUACCGUGGGUCUUCGCUGUUUUACUUGGUUUGGGACUGGGGUUUCUCUACCCAGCACAACGGAACGUUUUCAGUGUUCUAGUCCCGGGCGGCAUGGAGGGGCGCGUUCUGGGCAUCUACAACUUCUUCGGUGCUUCAUUAAGCUGGAUGCCUUCGCUCUUGUUCGGGGCUACUUAUCAGGGCACUGGUUCCAUGCGGCUCGGUAUGGCCCUCGUCUGUGUGUUUCAUGCUAUAGCGUGCGUCGGGUUGGUGGUUUGUGUGGACGUCCAAAAGGGGUCCGAGGUCUCGCGGCGGACGCGGUCGAAGCGACGGGGGGCGGCGUUCGCCGGUGGCGUGGCGCCGGCGCCGGCGGCGCUGACGACGUAA